AUGCCUGCCAUUUGCUGUGCAGGAGGUUGCACUAACAGGCGUGGGAAUGAUAUAAGUCUGCACAAUUUCCCAAGGGACGAGAAAAUCAGGGCAAAAUGGGUUUUUGCACUGCGACAUACUGGAACGCCAUAUUCCAGAGACAGUUCGUGGACUCCACGUUCAGGAAGAAAUUCUCAGUUGGUUUGUAGCGCCCACUUCGAGAAAUCGUGUUUUACACAACAAACUCGGACUAUGAUGAGUCUAGGGAUCUCUUGUCGGCCACAGUUGGAGGAUUCGGCUCUACCAACGAUAUUCGCAUCAUCAUUUGGUGGAACAGGUCAAACUGAUAAAAGACGAGAUGCCUAUAGGAAAAGAGAGGUUCAGCGGGUAUAUAACGUUUGA